CAAGACAACACAAACAUUGGUGAGACAAGCGACCCAGCAUGACUGCAAUGGACAAAUUCCUAACAGACUUAUGAUACGGCAGGGGAACCCUCAUGGCCGGCCCCAGCUGCAAAAGCGCCGUGUCAUUCUCGCUGUUCAAACGAACUCUGUUGGUGUCUCCUCGUAGCGAGGCUGUUGCCCCACGGUUCGUGUUCUCUGGUGGCAGGUUAGCAGAAAGGGGGGCCCAAAAAGGCAGAAGGGCUGCCCGACCCGCACUUCUGCAAGUGGCUGGCUCUUAUCGACACCCCGUCUUUUUGUGUUUCUCAUGCCAGGAGUCGAUGAGUGAAAGUCUACGGACCUGCUACGGCUACCUGAACCAGACCAGCCGUAGCUUCGCCGCCGUCAUACAGGCUUUGGACGGAGAGCUACGCCAUGCGGUGUGUAUCUUCUACCUGGUGCUUCGUGCUCUGGACACAGUGGAAGAUGACAUGAGCAUCCCCCUGGAUAAGAAGGUCCUCAUGCUGCACAACUUCAACAGCUACCUGUUCCAGCCAGACUGGCGCUUCAGUGAGAGCCAGGAGAAAGACCGUCAGGUUCUGGAGGACUUCCCUACGAUAUCCUUGGAAUUCCAGAACCUAGGGAAGGAUUACCAGGAUGUGAUUUCGGAUAUCUGUCACCGCAUGGGGGUCGGCAUGGCAGAAUUCCUAGAGAAAAAAGUGGUUUCCAUGCAGGAAUGGGACAAGUACUGUCACUAUGUGGCUGGCCUGGUGGGGAUCGGCCUGUCCCGUCUCUUCUCUGCCUCCCAGCUGGAGGACCCUGAGGUGGGGCGCGAUACUGAGCUUGCCAACUCAAUGGGACUGUUUCUGCAGAAAACCAACAUCAUCCGAGACUACCUGGAGGACCAGAAAGAGGGCAGGGAGUUCUGGCCUCGAGAGGCAUGGAGUCAAUUUACAGCAAGGCUGUGUGACUUUGCUCAGCCUCAGCAAUUGGACUCGGCUCUCUGCUGCCUCAAUCUGCUGGUGACCGAUGCACUGAGGCAUGUCCCUGACGUCCUGACAUACCUGUCCCGCCUGCGCAACCAGAGUGUCUUCAACUUCUGUGCCAUCCCACAAGUGAUGGCUAUAGCCACGCUGUCGGCCUGCUAUAAUAACCCCCUGGUGUUCCAGGGUGUGGUGAAGAUCCGGAAGGGUCAGGCUGUCACGCUCAUGAUGGAAGCGACAAACAUGGUAGCAGUGUGUGCCAUUAUCUCCCAGUACAACCAGGAGAUUGUGCAGAAGGUGUCUCCCACAGACCCAUCACGGGAAAAGACCCUGAAAAUCCUGGCAUUGAUACACAAGCAGAUCCUGUCCUGGGAGCCGCUGCCGCCCCGCACCGCUCGCCUUUCCCCUGUCUACCUCUCAGCUGCCUUGCUGCUGGCUGCUCUAAGCUGGCGGUACCUCAGCACAGCCACGGGGCAGAGUGCUAAUGUCAAUGAUGUGCAGGGGCACUGAGGGAGUGUGUCGGAGGAUAAAUGACCAGGGUUGCGAGACUUUUCUUACAAGUGAAAUAUGCAUCUGCAUGUCCAGCUCUGAUCAAUCACAUAUUUUGGUUUAUUCCAAAUUAUUGAUGUAUAUAUGAAAAUUGGGCUCUUUUUUGUGUGUGUGUGUUUUAGUUUUAGCUCAAACUAAUACAGCACUGGUUGUGAUGCUGCUUACUGUUAAGAACACUGCAUCUUGAGGUGGCUGUCUUAGACCGGGGAAAGAAUUAUGUAUUUUUAUACAGAAUAUCUGAGAGGAUUAUGUAAAAUGUUUUUUUCUAUUUCAUCAUGAAGCAGAGCAAAGUUUUGGUGGUCAUGACUGACCUAGGUGCACAUCUCCCACCCGCCAUGUUUUAAGUUUGUUUAUUCUUCUAGUUUGUGAUCGGUACACCCAAUCCCUUCAAGCCCCUGCAACAAAAACAGAACACAGUUCCAAUAAUUGUUUUUUAAAUAUAUUUUCUUUAAGAGCCACAAUUCAUUUUUAAAUCCGGGGGGGGGGGGGGAAGAGUCUUUUUCAUAAUAUAUGUGGUGUAAUUGUGAUUUGUACAUAAUUAAAUGCAUAAGUUAUAAAAUAUCUUUUAAUGUU